AUGGCGGACCAUGGGCGGCAGGACAGGUGCUUUGUGUAUGGCAGUGCAGAGGAGCUGGGCUCAGACCUUGUCAAUGCGAAGUCUUACUCGAAAAAGGUGGCUGUGCUGAAGCGCAUUAUAGCGAAUGCAACGAUGGGCAAUGACAUGAGCGCACUGUGUACGAGUGUGGCGGAGUGCAUGAGUCUUCAGGAUAUCCAUAUAAAAAAGAUGGGGUACUUUUUCCUGUCGAACUACGGUAUGAGGAAGAAGGAGGCAUUGACGCCCUAUAUCGAUUUGUUUACGCAGGAUGCGAAAAGUCAAGAUGCGAUCACACGUGCUUCGGCACUGCGAACCAUGGCGUCUCUCCUCACCGACGACAUGGUGCACGGCCUCCUAGAUCCUGUACGCAGCGCUUUGUACGACAAGAAACCAUACGUUCGCAAAACAGCGGCCAUGUGCGUCGCUCGGAUGUACAUGUACGAUGCAGCUCUCAUGGAAAAAAGCGGGUUUAUCGAAAAGCUCUUUGGCAUGAUGUAUGAUACGAGCACCGACGUGGUGGUGUCAGCGGUUGCAGCACUGUAUCACAUGGCAGAGAGUAGCCACACGAUGCAACUCUCUGUCAACUUCAAGCAGGCCAACCACCUCGUGCAAGUCAUGCAUCAAUGUUCUGAAUGGGGGCAGACGUACAUUAUGGAGACGCUGUUGUUUUUUACGCCGCAGACGGGCCAGGAGGCCCAUAUGCUCGCAGAUGCUUUGUCGCGGCAUGUGCAGGUGCACAGCCCGACAUUGGCACUCACAGCCAGCAAGGUGGCCAUGUUUCUGAUGAAUUAUAUGAGCGACAUGGAGCGGAUGAACGCGCUAGGACGGUGGAUUGGCUAUGUGCUCAUGCCGCAUAUGAAGGCGCCUCCAGAGAUCUUGUAUACGAUUCUCACAAACGUGCUUCUAUACUUGCAGCGUCGGCCCAUGGUGCUGCGGUUGGAGCUUUCUCCCUUUUUAUGUACAUACAGCGACCCAGAAUACAUCAAGCUCGUCAAGCUCGAUAUCCUGUAUCAACUAGCAACGCAAUCGAAUGCAACCGAUGUGCUGGAUGAAUUACAAAGCUGCGUGACGGACAUCAACGAGAACAUCGCACGCAAAGCCACUCACAUGAUCGGACGCCUCGCCCUCAAGUGGAGCCUUGUAGCUGACCCGUGCGUGGCGGCGCUAAAGACCAUCAUGCAGGGCCGUGCGGACUAUGCACUACAAGAGUCGGUGAUGGUGGUCAAGGACAUUUUGCGCAAAUACCCAGACCGCUACGGCUACAUUGUCACGAUGCUAUGUGACCACAUUCCCUCUCUGUAUGAGUCCCCAGCCAAGGUGUCCAUGAUCUGGAUCUUGGGGCACUUUUGCGAUCGUGUCGAAGGUUCUACCGAUGCGCUGCAUGACUAUACCCUGUCCUUUUUGGACGAGUCGUCCGAUGUGCAGCUGGCACUCUUAACGGCCACAGUCAAACUGUUCCUUCGGAAGCCAAAAUCUGGUGGACCAAUUGUACAGAAGAUCCUGCACCAAGCGACGGACCUCGUCGCCAAUCCGGACGUACGCGACCGUGGCUAUUUUUACAUGCGCCUCCUGACUUUGGACGCCAGUAUGGCUAUGGCUGUGGCAUUUGCCGAUGCGUCCUCUGAAGAGGCCCUCGAACAAAUUCAACAGCACGUACUAGACCAGCUGAUUUUGCACGGUGCAAGUCUGGUCCCGCUCCUGCAGCAGAACCCACCUGUGAUGAUACCAAAGGUGAGGCACAGGUUCAUGCCCGACUCGCCCGCGCUCGAACCAUCAGCGCGACCGCAUGCCAGUACACACAUGCACGCAGAGCCGUCUCAGUACCACACUAUGCACGAUACCGAUGACGAGGCGGUAUAUACAGACCUCGCGCCGCCCCAGCCGUCCAACUGUGCCUCUGUAGCGGUGGGCCAGCUCAUUUGA